CUUUUUCUAGAUGGACUUCACAAAAAAGUAGUUGACGGUACAAGGAACCGUCUCCAGAAUCUGGAUCCCGGUUUUUGGAGACACUGAGAAGAUGAGCAGAGGGAGAAUGAACGGAUCUGUGGCAGACUCACCUUUACGCACACGGAAUCUGCUCGAACCCAAUAAAUAAAUAAAUAAACAAGUAAAUAAAUAAAUAAAACCACAAUGGGACGACCACCAGAUGCGGCACCGGGUCCUGGUUCCGCUCUUUUGUGCUGGAUCCUCAUCAACUCCGUUCUGGCCGAUGACUGGACUCGUGUCCACACUGAGGCCGAGCUCUUCAGGAGUUUAUUUGGAGGAUACAGCAAAUGGUCGAGGCCGGCACGCAACAUCACCGACGUGGUCAUCGUCAAAUUUGGACUCUCCAUCGCACAGCUGAUAGAUGUGGACGAGAAAAACCAGAUGAUGACGACAAAUGUGUGGCUGAAACAGGAGUGGACGGACUACAAGCUACAGUGGAGUCCAUCUGACUUUGACAACUUGACGUCGAUCCGAGUUCCGUCUGAGCUCAUCUGGGUGCCCGACAUCGUCCUGUACAACAAUGCAGAUGGAGAGUUCGCCGUCACCCACAUGACCAAGGCCCAGCUGUUUCACAACGGUCGCGUGCGCUGGGUGCCUCCGGCCAUCUACAAGUCCUCGUGCUCCAUCGACGUCACCUUCUUCCCCUUCGAUCAGCAGAGUUGCAAAAUGAAGUUCGGCUCUUGGACGUACGACCGGGCCAAGAUCGACCUGGAGCCUUUUGAAAACACUGUGGACCUGAAGGAUUACUGGGAGAGCGGAGAGUGGGCGAUUGUUAACGCUGUGGGCACCUACAACACCAAGAAAUACAACUGUUGCCAUGAGAUCUACCCCGAUAUCACCUACUACUUCAUCAUCCGUCGCCUCCCGUUGUUCUACACGAUCAACCUCAUCAUCCCCUGCCUCCUCAUCUCCUGCCUCACCGUCCUCGUCUUCUACCUGCCGUCAGACUGCGGCGAAAAAAUCACCCUGUGCAUCUCUGUCCUGCUGUCACUCACCGUCUUCCUGCUCCUCAUCACAGAAAUCAUCCCGUCCACGUCGCUGGUCAUACCGCUGAUUGGAGAGUACCUGCUGUUUACCAUGAUUUUUGUCACCUUGUCCAUCAUCAUCACUGUGUUUGUGCUCAACGUGCACCAUCGGUCCCCGGAGACCCACACCAUGCCACGGUGGGUUCGUAGGCUUUUCCUGUCGGUCAUCCCACGGUGGCUAUGCAUGAAGCGACCCAGUGAUGGAGUCAAACCUGUAAGGCAACAACAGCUGACUGACAGACUCCUCUCAUUCCGGACCCCAGACCCCUCCACCUGGAUCACUCAGGAGUCUAAUAUCGACCUCCACUUCUUAGACGCAGGAAGUGAAAUUCAGUCCUGCGACCUUCACGGUUAUCCAAAAGCACAUUUGUUAAGGUUAGGAGUUGAGAUAACGAGUCACCCGAGGCGGUCCUCCUCGUCUCCAGCGACCCCUCAACGUCUUGGCUACACCCUCCUCCCACAAAGACACUCCUCCCUCACCUUGAACCGGGACCUCCCUCUGUUGGACCCCACCCCCCCGGCCUCUGCUCUGUCUCCCGCAGUCCUAUCGGCCUUGGAGGGGGUCACCUACAUCGCAGAACAUCUCAGAGCAGAGGAUGCAGACUUCUCUGUGAAGGAGGACUGGAAAUAUGUGGCCAUGGUUGUCGAUCGUAUCUUCUUGUGGAUGUUCAUUAUCGUGUGUCUGCUCGGGACAGUUGGACUCUUCUUACCUCCAUGGCUGUCAGGGAUGAUUUAGAAAUGACUAAGACAGGGGUGACAAUUUCAUUUAAAUUCAGGGGUCACAUUCAGCCCAAUAUGAC